AUGGAUGAUAUGAACUUCAAGAACUUUUCGGCGAAUGCUCCCUUUCUUUUGACGGCUAUUGAUCACAACAUGUACCUCAACACAACUCCUUCAGCCGAACUUUCACCCUGGACGGCAAUGCCAGGAUGGAAGAUUGAAAAUACUUUCUUUGACUGGAUGCACAUUGUGUUGCUGGGGAUUGCAAGAGAUGUGGUUGCUGCCGCUAUCAAGCUGAUGGCAAUGCGGGGUGUGAUUUCCAUGACGAAUUUGCGCCUAGAGCUCAAGAGCCUUACAGCCUGGAUCAAGAAGGAGCGCAAGAGCGAGACUGGGUGCAGCAUUCCCGCAGAUUAUGCCAUGCGUGUGCAACUUCCUCCUGCAGUCUUGUUUUGGCUGCAGCGGCCUCCUGUAGAGAUGGCCCGAGCCCGCAAUGAAGCGAGUGCAAAGGAUAUCAAGAAAGUAUUGAAGGGGAAUGGCUUUGCAGAUGCCCCUAAACCAGACCAGUAUAUGAACUUAAGCCUGGAUGAGGUCGUGGCUGAGUACAAGGUUUUGAUCCUGGACGUCUUGAAGGAAACCAGCAGGCCCACCGUGAAGGUACUCCUUGCUGGCUGCAUGAGCUUGUUCCCGGAAUCCAGUAGAGAACUUUGCAAGCCUUGGUGCGAGAAGCUUGUGAAUGCGGUAUGUCAUUGUCGCAGCAAGCGCAGUUGCACGUCUGGGAAGAAGCUACCACCUGCCGUUCGUGAGGUGGUCAUGUUCUUGAAAGGCAUGGGCGGCAGUGUGGCACGAGAAGUCUCCAGAAGCAGCUUCAGUUCUUCUGCAUCCAAACCUGCUGCAAGUCCUCGGCCCUCGCCCUCUUCGGUGGCUCCUGCGACUCGCAGCAGCAAGGAGCAGAUCUUCACACAGUACGGCCUGGAGGCGCCAGUUUCAGAUCCAGGUGCAGAGGUGGAGGAGACUGGGCUGUCUCCUGCCCACGUGCAGGAAGUGUUUUCCUCGCAGGAGGUCAUGUCUCCUACUCAGGAGGCACCUCCUACGGCAGCUUUGCCAGUGGAAGACAAAACUUCGGGCGGAGACGGGUCUGCUGAAUACCAAGAGUACUUCGACUCUGCUCGCCUCUGCAUGGUUCGUGCUUAUCCCAGUGGGGCUUUGGUGAUGGCAACGAUGCAAAAAGGCGAAGACGGAUUCCAGAAAGCUUUGUUCCCUGGCUCAGCGGAGGCAGUGUCCACAGAGAUCCCAAAUCUGCGAAUUCAGCGGAUGAAGCGGCCGGCUGCUCGAGUGAUGAAAAAACCGGCUGCCAAGAAGAGGCCGGCUGCAGCACCGACAACGGCAAGUGCUUCGGCUAGCUCUGCCAGCCUCGAAGAAAACGAGGACAGUGGCAUGGAGCCCCAGCCAUCAGUUGCGGAGGAGCAGCCGGAGAACGUAGCUGCUGCACAGCAGGAUCGUGUGGGACGGCGCACAUACACUAUCAUGUAUUACAAGGCGCCCAGGCACAAGAAGGCCAUUCGGCAGAAGCAGGCUCCCUUCUCACAGCUGUUCCAGUUCGGCCGAAAAGGCGUCCCUGUUUGGCAGAUGGACAGGAUCGCAAAAGCAUGUGUCCAGAAGCUUGAGAGCGGCGAGCUUGAAGAAGCUGAUGCCGAAGAUUGGUGUAAGAGUCGCCUCGCACAGGUCUGA